CUCUCUCUCUCUCUCUCUCUCUCCUUCUCUCUUCUGCUUUCUCUCUCUAUCUGCGCAGAAUACAGACAGCCUCACUUCAAACCCUCACUACUCUCCAAACCCUUACCCCUUCAAUUACAUCCAUCCGUUGUUGUUAAUGGCCAAUUGAGAUCGAUUCCGUUCUGUGUUUCGUGGAUUUUUUUUCAAUUUGAAUUCAGAUUUCGAAGUUUUCUCCAUUAUCGAAUUGGUCGGAUUUUAUUUAAAAAAGGGUUUUGGAGAUGGCCACAUCCAGUACGAGCAAUGUCUACAUCCACGUCAUCGAAGACGUCAUCAACAAGGUCCGCGAUGAGUUCGUCAACAAUGGCGGGCCCGGCGAGAGCGUCCUCUCUGAGCUUCAGGGGUUAUGGGAGAUGAAGAUGAUGCAAGCUGGAGCUAUACUGGGGCCAAUUGAUAGGUCCGCAGCUGCUAAGUCCGCCCCCGGUGGUCCAAAUCCUGUUCACGACCUUAAUGUACCCUAUGAAGGCACCGAGGAGUACGAGACUCCCACAGCUGAUAUGCUCUUUCCUCCGACACCAUUACAGACGCCUAUGCCCACCCCAUUGCCUGGGAUGGCACAGACUCCCUUGCCUGGAACUGCUCAGACUCCCGGAACCGCACAAACUCCCUCAGACAGCUUUUUGUUUAAUAUUCCUACUGGUGGCACUCCUAUUACACCGAAUGAGUAUUCUUCAGGGAAUGAUAAUGGGAGUGUUCCUGAUGUGAAACCAGGACCUGGCAGACCUAGCCAAUUUAUGCAACCGCCUCAGACUUUGGUGAAUCAAAGGCCUCGGCUCGAUGUUAAUGUCGCUUAUGUGGAGAAUCGUGAAGAGGGGGACAGAGGAGGUUCUCAACAGCCUGCAACGCAGGAUUUCUUCUUGAUGGGCGGGGGGAAGCGGAAAAGGGAUGAGUUUCCUUCACAAUACCCCAAUGGUGGUGGAUACAUACCACAGCAAGAUGGGGCCAGUGGUAGCAUUUCAGAUGAAGUCAAGGUUGGCUUUGGGAACAGUGCUCUGAGUCUGGGCAACAGUGCCACUUCUGGGGCAGGGACAUCUAUUCGAGAAGGAAGAUUGUUUUCAAACGCAUCUCAACUGGACGGUCCAAUAGCUGAUCCAUAUGAUGAUGAACUCUCAACACCUAGUAUAUACAAUUAUCAAGGGGCUGCCAAUGAAGAUUACAACAUUGUGAAUACACCUGCAACAAAUGAAAUACAAGCUGCUACUCCUGCUGCUGCUAUCCCAAAUGACAUUCCUGAUGAUGACGACGAUGAACCAUUGAAUGAAGAUGAUGAUGAUGAUGAGCUGGAUGAUGUGGAGCAAGGGGAGGAUUUAAAUACAAGUCACUUGGUGUUAGCUCAAUUUGAUAAGGUGACACGGACCAAGAGCAGGUGGAAGUGCACUUUAAAAGAUGGUGUGAUGCACAUUAACAACAAGGACAUACUUUUCAACAAGGCAACGGGAGAAUUUGAGUUCUGAGUCUGCUGUUGGCAACAACUUCCAUGGGUUUUCCCUUGAACAAAAGCAAAAUCAGAAGUAGCUGGUAGUUUUGCUCAAUAUAUGUCUUUGGUGUUGUUGCUGUUGUUAGGUGGUUAAAACUUGGGAGAGGAGAACGAUGUGUUUGUUGUUAGGGAGGCCUUUUUACUACUUACUAUAUGAAUGUUUAUCCGUUCUUUACUGGAUAUAACUUCGCAUCUUUUUUCUUGUGAAGAACUUGUCUGACAUUUUGGUCAAUCCCAUAUUAGAAUUCGUAAAACCCUAUGGUUUUCCAAAUUUGUGGGCGUGCAAGGACCUAUUAGAUCUUUUUUCCUGUACAGCGAAAUGCCUUUCAAGAGCGUUUUUAUUUCUUCUCACAAGUGUCUCUUGAUGACAAUUUAUAAGCUUUCGAAUUUAUAAAAUAUUAACCGGUCGUUCUUCU